CCAGUCAGUCCCUCCCAUCGCAGCGCUCCACCAGGGCCAUGUGCCCACAGCAGCCUGCUAGCUAUUUCCUGUUCCACCUCCUGGCUGAACAGUGAACAGAGCUACCUCACUGUGACACGGCCCAGAGCAGCAGAGCACGGCCAUGUGACCCAUGUCUUGGUGAGCAGUAAGGGUCCAGCGGACAGAGGCCAGGUUCACGGGACACACCACAGCUCAACGGUAGUAACCAGAAGGGGGAAGUGCUAAGUCCUCUCGACCUGGUUUGGCCGUCCUCUCUUUUUUUCUGAGUUGGUGGAGGAAUACCACAGCUGCAGGUGUGAAGGCUCUUCUGCAGAUGACUGUCUCAUCCAGCUCUAUAGACACCAGGUCAAGCCCCCUGACUGACUGAGUUCGAUAUUCUGAUGACUGCUGCUCAUCGAUGUCAUUGAGAUCCUUGGCUUCCUCCCCUUUUUUUUGUACAGCCCCUGACAAAAUGUCCUAAGUGUACUGUAGGUUUUCUACAAUUGGAAUGCUUGCUGGGUCUGUGGAUGUAUGUUCCCAUGGUGAAGCCCGGUGGAUGCGUCUGACUUAAAAUUUGAAGGACCUUGUUUUUAAAAACAGACCAGGCAUCACCUCACCGAGAGAGCCUCAGAGAUGUGACAAAAAGUGGUGAAUCCAGCAAAACAGGACGAGAACUUCUACGAUAGCUGUCUGUCAAUAACGCGUGAGGUCAAAAUGGAACCAAUCACAAGAGACAUGGAGCUUUUGAGUAACAGCAUGGCUACCUACGCUCACAUCAAAGCCAACCCAGAGAGCUUUGCUCUCUACUUCAUGAUGGGUGUUUGUUUUGGCCUUCUCCUGGCCCUGUGUCUCCUGGUCACUGGUAUUACCUGCAGAACUCAACACGGUCGCACCAGGAAGGCUGCCUCACCCCCUUCACCAGAGAGAAGGCAACUAAAGGACUCCAGUGAAGAAGAGGAGGAAGAAGAGAGUGUGGAUGUGGAAGAGGGUGAUGAAGCAGAGAUCCCUAAAGUAACAGUUGCAGCUCUGAGCGAGCGCAGCAGCCAAUCAAAUGGUACUUUGAGGAGCGUGAACGUGUUUGCGUCGGCAGAGGAGCUGGAGAGGGCGAGACGUCUGGAAGAGAGGGAGCGCAUUGUGCGGGAGAUUUGGAGGAAUGGACAGCCAGAUAUACUGGCCACUGGGACAGGGACUAUUGGACGGGUCCAUUAUCACUAAAGACCUGACAACCUAAAGCCUGGGUAUUCAACCCUCUCUUCCUGGACCCCAGCCAUUUCACAGUUUUGUUGUAGCCCUGAACAGGCAUACCUGAUUCUCCAAUCAAGGGCUUGAUGAUUAGGCGACAAGUCUUAUCAGGUAUUCUAGCUCUGGACUAGAUCAAAUACAUGUACUGGCUGGAGGUGCCUUGGGGGACCUCUGAACCAAAAACAUUUCCAUCUGACAGCAAUGGGUUUCCCUACUUCAGAGACCAUGAAGGCUUUUGGACAGCACCUUGAUCUUUUCAUUGGAUGUUUUCAUUAUCAUUCAUGUACUGGACUGACAAAUAUGUUGCAAAAUACAAUGUAUGUAUAAUGCAGAAAUCUCAGAGAACCAACGUUAUUGCCUUGCUUUUUAUAUCAACAUUUGCUUAUUGCCUCUUGUUUGUCAGGUUGCUCUCGCAGUCAUUCCAAGCUACAACCCUCCAGGCGAAGUCUUCCCACAGAACUACCCCUGCAUUUAAGCCUGUGUUUUCCUCCAUCUCUGACCUCGUCACCUACUGUUUCCCUUUCCAGUCCUAGUAGUCUCUCUGCUGCAGCAGCAAUUCGGCAGUUAACUCCUCAAGAGGUUGUUCAGGAUCUAUGAAAAGGCCACUUGUCCCCAGACCAGAUACCUCCACUCUGCCAAAUAGCAACCUAUUUUCCUCAUAGUGCACUACUUUUGACCAGGGCUCUGAUCAGAAGUAGUGGAUUACAUAGGGAAUAGUGUGUCAUUUAGAACACAAAAAUCUUACCAUUGAACUGCUUCCUUUGUACAGCAUCUAGUGAAUCUUAGAUAUGUUCCAGUGGAUCCACUAUGUAUGCUGCCCAGUUAAGCCCCCCACCCACCAAAACGCAAAAAAUGUAUACUGAAUGAAAAGGUUGCUUGUUAUUUUACUUGAGUGCACGUGUUCAGUUCUGUAAAUGUCCUGUUAGAAAUGUCACUUCCAUUAAGAUCCAAAGAGAAUGGACCUUGCCUACAACCCAAAUGACCACUCUACUCAGAGGUAUUCAAAUUUGGACCUCGAAGCCUGUUCCACUCCAUUUUUUCAUUGCAAACCUCUAAUCAGGGACUUAAGAUCAGGUGGUGCCAAUUAACGAGGUAAAACAGAAAACCAGCAGGCUCCGGCCCUCACAGGGUAAGAUUUGAAUACACCUUCUCUAUUCCAUAUUCUACUUUUUAUUCAUAGCAAGCUUACACAAGCAGAUAGGACAACAUGGUGUUGCUCAGACAGACUCUUAACCUUGUGUAAUUAAAGUUCUCUCAGAGUCUGAGUACACUGCCAUGGCGUGUUUGAAGGAAUUGCAGCAUUAGGUAUUUGCUUUUCCUGUAUUGUAACUUCAGUUGCAUAUACAGUAUAUGCUUAUUGCCAAAUUCAUUAUUUCAUGUUGGCCCAAUAAAUUACUGCAGUCCUUCCCAGUUUGGCUUAACUACACUUUUCUUUGGCUUCCAUGAAGUCUGAAAUACAUUAAAAGCGUUGCAAAAUAUCCUUCAAUCCGAAGGACUGCAGACACCAGGUACCAAAGCUGUGGCUGUACACAACUUAAUACCAAAUACAAUGUCUUGUCAGAGGACUGUCACAGGUCAGGGAUGAUAUUCUGGUCUACACUUCCAACUGAAGUACUGAAGGCAAGGAAAACUAAUAUGCAACAAAUCAAGUGAACCAGAGAAUUUUUAAUUUAUUGAAAAUGAAAGAAUUAGUUCCAAAUCUCAGAGAACAGUAGAAAAUACAUACCACCACCCCCAAGUGUUAAAUAGAAACAAAUAUAAUCACAGUCCUACAGUUUUGUUUGAUUCAUACACUAUAGACACAUACCAGUCAUUGGUAGACCACAGUGGACAGCACUGUACCAAAUCUCACAAAAACUUGUAUCUUUAGUUUACCUUACCUGUAUUCACAACAUCAGUUUUACCACAGAGAGAAACAUUCUGUACUUCACUUAUCUUGUGCCAUAAUCUCAAUAGUACAGGUCUACCUUUUGAUAUGUAUAACCUUAUGGAAGGACAAAUGAUUAAGCCCGUAAAAAGGAACUGCAAGUUUGUUUUAACAUUUUAGGAAAACCAUAAGAUCAUCAGUAUUUUAUUUAAACAUCAAUAUCCUCAACUUUUCUUACAACAUUUUUCCUCUAAUUAUAUUCACUUUUAAAAUCUAGUGAUAUACCAAAAACGAUAUGACAGUCAGAAGCACGCAAACAUACACCUACAAGUUGUCAGCUUUGAAACUUUUCAUUGCAGUCCAUUCAUUUUACACAGUGAAAAUCUUUUUGAUGCUAUAAAACAAAAACGACAAAUGGGGUAACAGAACACAACACCUCGGCCACCCAAGAAGUAGAAGGGUUUUGGUGAAGACUAUAGGUAAGUUAGGCUCUAAGGUAUUGCUGAAAACUACUAAAUAGGGAAGGACAUCUGGUGCAUUCAUAUCAAGUCAGUAGCUCAACUUAGUGUUUAGCUGUUUAUUCUGAUACUUUCCUGGUGGGAAAUUCAGGUAAUUUUCCAAAUUGAAAAUAGUUCUGAGUUGUCUUUAAUGCACCAAUACUGGUCAUUUUCACUAGUGUGUGGAAGAACUGUAAUGGUGAAUUACAAACCCAGUACCAACAAUGACAAUUGGUCCCAUGGGGUGGGGAGUUAACCAUUUUUCAAAUACACUCAGGAAACCUAGCACUGCCCAGAACUUUUUGGUUAAAGGCGUGUUAAUAAAAAACAAAAACUAUAUAGAGCAAUACACACAUCAAUAUGAAUCAAUUAAGGCACAAAUGCAUUUGUUGUUUCAAAUACGAGGGAAAUUACUAUGUCCUCGGUUUUAAAUCAAAGUGAAAUGAUCACUAUUUUAGAGGACCCAGGAGACUGCAAAGUCUGCUGUUGUUUGCAAAAUAA